UCACGACGCUUUGCGCUCAGCAGAAAGAGCAAAGAGCGGUAGAGUUCGGUUUAUAUCGCUCAAAUGUUGCAUGCUUAUCACAACGGGACGGGAAUGCUAAAAUUUUUUCGUUUUUGGCGUGUUAAGAGAAAAUAGUUUACUUACGGAACUACUUUCCGUAUUAUUAUAUACUUAACGCGCGUAAACUAGCCGAUAUCUCUAUUUAAUCAACUAAUUCUAAUCGAAAUGUAUUUUAUCACGGAGAAAAAAUAAUUUAGUGUAAUUGCUUCGAUAUCAAGAUGGUCCUUUUUGGCCAGACAACGACAGAGCCUGCGCGAAAGAUGCUGAAUACGCAGGGUGUGACCGGCGUUGAAAAUUCUCCCCAACUUGUGCGAAUUUUUCCCUUGCGUCAUAGUAUUGAAGUAAAUAAUUUCGAAUCUGCCGCUGUAUGUGACGUCCAAGAAAACAACAAAGAUUUUAGUAGCUGGAACGGCACUAUUUCGCAAAGGUGGCGACGUCUUCGAAAAUGUUGCGCGUCUUUAAGAACUCCUAGCGCCCAAAGUACCCCUGAACAAUCACGGGAUGCUCUUUUGGAUGACAGCAACAGCAAUCCACGUAUUCUAGUCAGUACCCCACACACUUCAUCAUCGUUACGUCUUCCUGGUAAAAAGGCAGGAAGUGUUCAAGAAUUACUACGUUCCAAAUUAAACAGAAUUCAUGUCGGCUUAAGAAAAAGACGCGCCCUAUCCGUCCAAGAAGUAUUCAGCAGCCCUACUGAAGAAAAGCCUACAUUUUAUGUUCCUUCACCUAACGAAAGGGUUCCUAGUAUUGGUCCUAAUCGUAAUCCGUCUAAUUUUGUCUGUGAUGAACCUUCUCGGCCAAAAGAAAUACAUCGAAGCAGACCUCGCACAAGAUAUUCAGACUACGAUCCACACGAAAUUUUAAUUCAAAAAAUUGAUAAUGGUUAUCACAGCUAUGAAAGUCAGGGCUACGACUCCCUUCCUUUUGAGCCAGAGCCGGACUAUGACGAUCCACCAUGGAAAAACAAGACAACAAAGUCUCCAAGUAGAAGAUGGUCGAUGGCUGAUGGUUUAAUGACCAAGAAGUCGGCCGGUCAGCAGUCCCAACGACACGAAGUAGACUCAGGUCCGUCUUCUAUAGCUUAUGAACAUGUACUUCCGGUCAAUAAUGGUGGGGCUAAAAAACCAUCUGUCACGGGUCAUAAUGUAAGCAAAAUACCAAAGGCUAAGUUAGUAAGUGGGAAAUUAAGAGAACGUACAAGAUCCCAUUCGCCCGCCACAAUAAACAACGAUAACAAUUCUAAUGCCAAAGACAACGCUAAAACGUCCAAAGUCGUUACCUCCAACAGUUACUACGGAAUUGUUAAUUCUGAACAAAGGCAGGAAGUUCACACCAACAAGGACUACGGACGAAUAAACAGACAGGAGCUGUUAGAAGAGUUAGAAGAGGAGGAAGAAGAGAGCAAAUUUUGUACGCUACCUAGGGGUGGUGGUAGUUCCUUUACAAUAUGUCAAGUUACCUUUAAUAAAGGCCCAGGUUACAAAGCUUUAGGAUUUAGCAUUGUAGGAGGUACUGACUCUCCUAAAGGUAGUAUUGGUAUAUACGUAAAGACUAUUUUCCCAAAUGGACAAGCUGCUGACAAUGGGACGUUAAAAGAGGGUGAUGAAAUAUUAGCUGUGAAUAGUAAACCGCUUCAUGGUCUUUCUCAUAAAGAGGCUAUAGGGGUAUUUAAAAAAAUUCGAUCUGGUCCUGUACUUCUUCACAUUGGAAGAAGGAUUCCGAAACGCCGCAGGGAACGUUUAGUGCCCAUUACUAAGAAGCAACCUCAAUUCCAUUAAUAUUACAAUAUUUUAUACGUAUAUAAAGUUUUAUAUAUAUUGCAAUUCGUUUACACUUACUUUUUAGUUAAUAAAAUAACCAAAGAUGCUUGAGA